UUUACAAUUGGAAUUUGCUUCCCUUCACCUCUCUUUAGGAAUUCAGACGAAUCAAAGGAAACAUAAGCGCGAUGACAGAGCAUGCUGAGCUCCUAAGUUCUGUAAGAGAUGAUAUCAGUUAGUACAAGGCAUCUGGAAGCCCAAGAAUGCAGAUACUAAGGGAGCGAGCUGCUAUCCAUGGAAGCAUAGCACAUAUGGAUGAUGUGAUAACUCAGGCUCAAACAACUAGAGCAGCCUCGGGGGCUCAGAGGGCCAUGUUUGGUGACGUUCAAGGGAAAGUUAAACAACUGAGUGACAAGUUCCCUAUCGUUCGUGGCCUAAUUGGCUCUAUUAGAAGGAAGAAAUCAAGGGAUACUCUCAUCCUAUCAGCUGUCAUAGCGGCUUGUACGUUGUUUCUUAUUAUAUAUUGGCUUUCAAAGUGAGAAGGAUUAUGUUAUCAUCGCAAACAGUACUGUAUUCCUUAGAUAUCUUGCCCUAUUUGUUAUAAAAUUUGCGACUUAGAGAGACA